GCCUACCGGUAAUAGAUGCAAGUUUCUGAUUCAAACUCGGGUGACAGAUAAGGUGACUGCAUCUUAGUCGGUACGAGUGUCGAAUAAAGAUUCCGACUAGACAAAGACAAUUCAAGAGCUUUCAGACUGAAUAUCAGCAUGAACAACAUUUGCAAGUCAGCCACUGUUUUGAACCUAGUCGUUGCAUUCACCUACGGGUUCACAGCAACACUAAAUGUAGCAUUGCCCAAGAAAUCCUUGUGCUUGAUGGUCGCCAGCCAGAGCGAAGAUGUCGACAGGUUUUGCAAGGCGCGAGAACUGGUUCGGUCUUUGGUUGAAGAAGACAAGUGCUAUUCGAAGAAUUCUGGUGCGAUAGCAUUUGGAGAGGUUUGUGCUGCAAAUUGUAUCUACGAAGAUUGUUUCGAACCUCAGCCUUUUGUGGGAAAACGAGUACGUUGUUUUGAUAUAGACUGGCUCGCGUGUUAUGAAGUGGUAUAUUGAAUUUCCGUCGUUAGGCCGAUCGCUUCACAAUGACUUACAUCCACUACAUCCCAACUGCUUUUUCAGGCCGUUACCAAUCAUGUUGUUUCCAAAGCUAACCAAAGAAAGGGAAAAGGAGGUGUGCGUAUUGAUAGAAUCAGUGACGGAAGUUCAGCUUGUGGUUUCGCCUGGACGUGGGUGUCAGAAGAUGGGAAAGAGGAAGGUCUUCGUGGUACAACAUUCGUAGAGCUUAAUGAGAACGGCGAAAUCCAAUACGUCCGUGAGAUCCCUGAGCCGCUGUAUAAACCUGGUGACUUGACGUUGGAACUUCUUAAGGGAGUAACAAAGGACGCUGUAGCGAAGCCGCCCCCAAUUUACGAGUCAAAAACUCCCCAGUCAGCCAACGAGGUCGCGAAGUAUUUAUUCUACGAGGUCCAGGGUGGUGAUAUCGACGAAUCCAUGCGUCUCUUUUCCGAUAGCAUUAUUUACCGCGAUUUUAACUACGACGAGGUCCUCAGAGGCAAAACAGAGGUUCGAAAGUUUAUAGAAGAUUUUUCUUUCCCUGGUAUUGAAUUCAAGCCGGAUCGAUUCGACGAUGGAAAAUUCAGCACAUGCUUCACGUGGGAUGUAUGCCUGGAUGGCCAGGAAGAUUCUAUCAAGGGUAUGAGCUUCUACGAAAUUGAUCCGGAAUCUCGUCUUGUCACUUACGUUCGAGGUAUGUAUUGUGUGCGUGUGUUUUGUAUGCUGCGAUUUUUAAACUGAAAUAUUAUUUGUUUGCACCUUUCUUUUAGAUGUUCCUGAAUCGGCCAUCAAACCACCUCCGCUUGGUGGCCUGGCUAGAGCGCUUAGACCUGGUCUUGGGGUAUUUCAGGGAGUGCCGACAGGAAGUAGACCGGGUGGAAUGUAGAUCGUAGACAACUAAAUUAUCCAUGUCAUAUAGAUUCAUUUUCAUCAAAAGCGAACCUCUUGCUUUGACAAAACGAGCAAUCGCGUUGCAUUGGUUCGAUAGAUGGCUACGAGGAAUAUUGCGCGUGCAACUAUGCCACUCACGAAACAUAUUGCUGCAUAGCAUCUACAAAUACUGCACUGUCUCUGUUUACGCUACUUCUAAUCGUA